AUGGCCUCUGUCAACGAUGGAAGCGUGCUCGAAUCACUAAUAUAUUACUGGGUCGUGUCCUAUUAUAAUUGGCUCUCCAAUUUAAACCACGAUACCCUUCAUAGACUACCACACAUGCUAGAUUUUCAGAAACACCCCAACAAGCAGCUGGGGUACAUUCUCGUGGACAACGGUGUACUGUACAACACGUUAGAAAGCGCAUACAAGCACAGAGCAGAGACUUACGGCGCUAAAAACGCUAAAUUUUCCGUAGAUGCAGUAACCUCAUCUAUCACUUUUCCAAUGGCUAAGGAGCCUAAUAUGCAAUUCUAUCAGGUUCUAAUCCAAGGAUCCGUCGAUAGUGGGCAUAAGGUCACGCCUUUUUCAUCUACUAUAACCCUUGGUGCCCAGUUGGUUUACACACAGCAAUACAGCUUUUACCCCGUGCAGGAAAUAUUUCAGCUCCUUGCAUAG